AAUGGAUAUUCCUCCCAGAGCCCAACAUUUUUUAGAGUGUGACAUGGGAGAAUGUGAAAGAAACUGUGAGUUCUACUGUAACAAUUGCCAUUUAAGAUUAUGCAAACAAUGUAAAGGAGAACAUCUGAAAAGUCCAAAAAAGAAAAAUCAUGAAGUGGUCCUUUACCAGCAACGCAAAAGACAGCUACCUACAGAGAAAUGUGAGAUCCACCCCACUAAAGACAUGGACAUGUUGUGUGAAGAAUGCCAAGUUCCAGUUUGUUCCAAAUGCGUCACACAAAAAGAACAUCGAGGGCAUUUAUUUACUGAUCUGGAAACAAUUUUUGCAGAGAAAUAUGCAGUCUUUCAAGAAGAAAUCUCUAAAAUCCACGAGUAUUUUCUCCCUACAUCAGAAAGUUUACAGAAAGAAAUUAAAAAAGAUUCCUCAGAAAUCAAACGGAUCAUGGGCAACAUCAGAAUAUCCAUGAAGACUGAAGGUGAAACCCUGAAAAGUCUGGUGGACACAGUCGUAUCUGAGAAUAUGAAGCAAAUAGACCAGAUAGAACACUUUCUUUUAGAAGAUCUUAAAUCCCAAGACAAGACAAUGAAUGAUUACAUCACUUAUCUUAAUAACAUUGCCAAAGAACUUCAAAGAUGCCAGUUCUCUACAGAACCCCAGAAAUUAAUCUCCGCGAAGAAGCCAAAGAUCCAAUCAAUACCAGAGACAACCAAACCAGUCACACCAGGGUUUACUGCUGGCCAGUACAGUGAGAGUGAUGUUUCCAAAUUACUAGGUAAAAUACACGUCCCAAACACUAUAGGAGAUAAGAGAGAAAUGAAGUCCAUGGACAGUGUUUACUAUACAGCAAUGAAACCUACACAUAGACAAAUGAAAGACGUCAGAAAGAAAUCUGAUAUGAAACGAUCAUGGUCUAUAUCUGCCUCUGUCAAGAAGGUCAGAGAGUUCAAAGUAGCAGAUCUUAAUGGUUUAUGGCAUAUAUCACUAGGUCAACUAAGCAGACUCUGGAUCAGUGACAAUCAGAAUAACCUUGUACAAACAGAUCUACAAGGGAAAGAAAUAAAGAGGAUGCAAUCCAGUGGACAGGAUCAAGGUUACCACACAGUCACACAGGACGGUUAUCUGAUCUUUACAGACCAAGACAAGAAAGUCAUCAAUAGGAUAACACAGGAUAAUAAUAUCACUGAAUUCAUCGAAACUGGAGAUUGGGCACCACUCAGCAUACACUCCUCCCACAUCAACGGGGACUUACUGGUAGGGAUGUUGACAGAUGAAGAGGCUAAAGUCACCAGAUACAACAUGACAGGAAAAGAAAUACAGAACAUACAGAGGAAUAACAAAGGACAAAAACUGUAUAGUGAGCCACGGUACAUCACAGAAAACAUCAAUGGCGAUAUCUGUGCAUCAGAUUGGGAUAUAGGAGUAGUGGUGGUGAAUAAAUUAGGACAACACAAAUUCUCAUAUACUGGUGUACAUGUGGAGUCAUCAUUCUGGCCUAAUGGAAUCUGUACUGAUGUUCUCGGUCACAUCCUGGUGUGCGAAGGUUCCAAAGAUACUGUACAUUUCCUUGAUCAAGAUGGUCAGUUCUUGUCUCUAUUACUCACACAACAACAAGGAGUAAAGUAUCCUCGUAGUGUGUGUGUGGAUGGUGAGACCAAUUAUCUUUAUGUGGGACAACUAAACAAAACAGUGACAGUGUACAAGUAUCUUUCCUGUGAUUAAAAUUCUGUCAAAACAUGUAUCAAGUGCUGGUACUGCAAUUUACAUCAAUAUGAAAUGGUCUCCGACAUCAUAAUCAACGAUUCAUGAUUAAACAUUAUCACACUGACUGUAUAUUGUUUUU